AUGUUCAUUCAUUAUUCUCGGCUUAAAGAAAAAAUCAACGACAAUGAAUCGAUAGACGUAUCCAGAGUAAAGAGGGAAGGCGUUCCGGAGAACAGGGACCUGACAGUGCUGCUUGUGAACGACCAAAAACGAAACGACUAUAGCAAAAACGGUAGAUACCACAGUGUGAAACCACUCAUCGGCCUAUUGACGUCCACCGCAAGGACUUUUAUACAAGAUGGGGUCACCACUGAGUACGCUACUCAGAUUCUGGGCACGACUCUGGACAACGGGCGCAUAUAUGCGCAACUACUUACUAAAUCAUCUCUAGUAUUGUACAAUAAACCAUCGAAUGAUGAUGAUUCUGUUGUUGUUCAACCGACACGAGCGCAUUCUGCAUUCGAUGGAGAGUGGAACGUCAAACAGGAUUUGGGCAUCAUCGAUCCUGACAAGUUCGUGUUAAAGAACACCGAUUAUUUAGCACCUAGUAGUAAAAUGGAAAUUGUAUAUGCUAGUAGGCCCGCUCAAGAAAACUUCAAAUCUUGGAAUCCACCAGUAUCUUCUGAUAGUCAAGUUGAAAAUCAAAUUUUCGAUGAACCUACAGCACGUAAAGUACAAUCCUAUGAUGGUGAACCAAAAUUUGAAGUUUACAAUUAUCUUGACGGACCAACUAUUGAAAAUGAUAAAAAACUUGAAUAUAUGCCUGUAAUUAAUAAUGUUAAUAACCUUUACCGUCAGAGUAAAGCUUAUGAACCAGUUACCGAACCAUUUGUACCAGAUACGAAUAAACAGGAGGAUAAGAUAAGCGAGUCGAACAUUGUUAAAGUUAAGCCUAGUUAUGAUCUGCCGACAUUUACGAUUAAAAACGAGUUUUCACCAAUAUUUUAUUAUAUUGACAAUGUUGAAUCUCGACGUCAACCACAAGAAUCCUUGCCCCAAACUAAACAACCUAAAAAAUUGUUCGGUCAAAAAAGUGAAUCGCGACCCAAAAAGACCUUUACUUACGCCGGUUUCGCUGAUUUUACGACUGUUGUUGGCGAUACGGUAAUUAUAUUUACACCAAAUACUGAAACAGUACAAACUCCUAGACCAGGCGAGGUUAAUGUCUUUCCAUCAGCCAAACCUGUUGAUAAAUUAGCCACUAAAAUAACCUUUUUAUCUGCCGAUAUUCCCCUUGCAACAUCGACCUUUAAGCCUCAUGAAGUUGAUUCAAUCACGAAAGUACCUUAUUUCAGUAACGAAGAAAGCGUUACAGAAAAAGUUUCUUCAGCUGAGGAACAAAAUUUAAAGAAAGCUAUGUAUGAAGUGGAUGAUAAAGUACCAGAUACUGUAAGUGUUCAAUACAAUAAUAAUUUCGAAUUAAAUGUAGAUGUUAUACAACCAUCAGAGCCUGGAUAUACCACGACAGAAAGUACAAGAGUCACAGAAGACUUAGAGAUUAAACAGGUUGACGAUAUGAACUUUAAAGCUACUGAUCCUUUGACAUUCUUGAGUCCAACAAAUACUAUAGUCGAAGAGCCUAAAGAAACAAUGGUCACAGAGGAAAAAUUAAGUGAAAUAUUAGCAAACUCUGAGGAGGAAUCUGAAAAUACUGCUGCUGAAGUAACUGAAAAACCUGAAGAAGAAGAGGAAGAAGAUGAUGAUACUCAAGAGACAGAACCAGACAUUUUAACAACAACUGAAAGUGGUCAUAGUGAUGAGUCUUAUGAAAUAGAAACCACAACAGAAAAUAAAUAUGACAAACAUGAAGAAGUCUACUGUAGUGAUGGCCUUGAAACUCAAUCUACUAUGACAACCGCAUAUAAAACUUUGACAUAUUUAACAACUUAUUUUAUUCCAUUAGAAAGUACAGAUACAACAACCUCUAUAAAGUCUGACGUUGUUGUUGAGAGUGACGUUGGUUAUAUUACUAAUUAUAUAUGUAAAACCAAUUUAAACAUUGAGCCUACGUCUGUGAUGACUUCUGAGCUGGAUAAUACACAAAUCACCAAUAUUGAAUCACCGCAAGUGGUUGCUGACGAUGAAAUUAAUAUUUCCCCCAAUAAAGAUAUGGAUACUCAAACUGAACGUACAUCAGAAACAAUACCCAAUGAUGAUACAGAGGUACCAACUGUUUCCCAAGAUGAUGAAAAGCCUUCUGUUGAAAAUAAUAAAGAAACAACACCCCAUGAAAAUGUACAACAAGAAGAAACUUCACAAACAACAACAACCGAACGUGUUUCUACAAGUCAAAGCCAUAUUGAAGUUUCCGUUAGUACGGAGAGCACUCCAACAGAAAGCCAAAAUUCUGACGAAGAUGAUAUAAGAGAUUCUGUUAACGAAAUUGAUCUUAUAUAUAAAACACUGUACACAACCUACACUUACUUUACCACCUUUUUUGGAGACCAGACAUCAAGUGUUGCUAGUCACAAAUCAGUUAUUACAAAUAUCAUCACUUCAACCAUCGAUCUAUCUAAACUUGAUCCUUCGUUGCUGGGAGCUUUUGAUGAUAGUGAAAUAUCACCGACAAAUGUUGAAGUUGGGAAACCUACAGAAGCAUUGGCUAUAAAUAGUAUUAUUGACCUCGUGAAAAAUAAAGAUGUAAUUGAAUCUGUUGAAAGUGAAAAAUCAUAUAGUUCUCAAACGCCUACACCAAACUUAGAUGAAAGUUUAAUGUCUAGCAUCAAACCAGAUUCUGUCAAAACUUAUUUCACAACAUACACAUUCUUUACAACCAUAUAUGUGGGUUCUGACGCAAAUAUUUGUAGCCGUAAUGAAGUUCAUACGAAUUACGUUGGUCCUGACGAGUUAAUACCUACAAAAACAAAUUCACUAUUACCAGAAAAUACGAGAGCACAGUUUGAUUUUAGAAAUUGUAAACAAGUUAAAGGAAUGACUCCACAGAGUGUAGACGAUAAUUCAUCGGUAGAAACAAGUAUUACAAGUGACAAUGACCAACAAGAUAAAGAAAAUGCACAACAACCCUCUCCAAUAGAAGUAGAUAUGUUGUUUAGCGUUGAAUCAAAUCCUUUAGUUUCAGAAAAUGCCUAUGUCACUGACGUUAAAUCGUCGUCUUCCAAAGGAGAAACUAAAUAUUUAGAUAACAAUAAUGUACUUGACGAUCAGAUAAGUUCUGAGAGUAAUAUUGACGAAAUUAUACCUUCCCCUACACUAUUGCUACAAACUAGUUAUACAACAUUCACAUAUUUUACUACUAUGUACAUUGGAACAGAUUCUAGUAAAAUAAAAAGUCGUCUAGAAACUAUAACAAAUGUUGUAACAGAAACAAUUACACCUAAAACAGAACCCGAAGAAGAGAAUAAUUUACCAAUAACAUAUUACACUACUUUUACAUACUGGACAACUUUAUAUAAAGACAAAUCAACAACGAUAACGAGCCGGGAAGAAAUUGUCUCCAACGUUGUUACUCCAUCAGCUCAGUCGAUAGCAACAGUAAGUCCUAUUGACACAACGCCAAUUGAUAUAGUAAGUGUAUUACCACCAAACAUUGAACCAGAUACGAAGCCGUCAUUACAAGAGGACGUUUCAGGAAAUGAUGAUGGUAAAACUACAGUCUUUACAACAUAUACGUAUUUCACAACAUUUUAUGCAGGUAACACUUCACAGAUAAGAAGCAGUCUAGAAACAGUAACAAACAUUGUGGACAAUACCCAGUUAGUAGAAGAUAAUCAACUGGGCCGAAAAGUACCCAAUGGAGCCGUAGAUAAAAAUCUGAUCAAAGACGUUAGUGAAAAACCAUAUACACCGACAAAAGUUAAGGAAGAAAUUCAAGCAACUAAAGUACCGGAUAUUUCACUUGUAUCAUCUACAACAUUACAAGGGACGUAUAUUGACAACUUGUUUGCAGAAGUGAAACCGGUAGAAACUAACACUGAAAAGAAGAUUUUGUUUUCGCAAGUUGCGGUAAUUUCUGGUGAUUCUACAAUUAUCACAAGUGAUAAUAAAACUUUAGACGAAGAGACUACUACGACGCAAAGUACAACGUCUACCACAACCACUGAAAAAUCAAUAAUUAGUCCAACGCCUGAAGUAAUUGAAAGUUCUGUUGCUGAACCCGAAGUGACAACAGAAUCAAUAUCCGAGAACGAAGAACAAGAAGAAGAAAACCCUAGUGUUAAAAAGAAAGGUCGCCUUACUUUCACAACUAAAAAGCCAUCAUUUACUCCCGUCAUAAUACCAUUUGCUUCAAGAAAUCGCCCUACUUUCAGUCCAAAACGUUUACAACCAAACAGUGCUACAACAAUUACUCGUGCUGACUUUACACCAACUAUAACAGCCACACCAACUUUAAAAUCUGUGCGGCCUUCGGGUAGUUUUGCCGGUAACCGAAAACAACCGAAUAUAUCCGGUUCAUCUAGUGCAGGAAAAAGAUUUUCUGGACGCAGUAGCGCUUCUAUAUAUUUGUCUGCUAAUGCUUCUCCAUCUCGAGCUGGUGGAUUUCAGCGAGGCAGUAUAACGCCUUCUUCAAGAAGAACUGGUUUUCGGUCUAGUUCAUCUAGAGGUGGGAGCAUAAGUUUUGCUAGUAGAUCUGCUAUUCCACGAAUUCGACCUACUGCCUCGUCACGGCUGAGAGGUAGUAGGCAAUCUGCAUCAAUACAAUAUCCACAAAUAGACCAAAAUGAAUCAGAAACAUUUGCGACUCAGCAAGAAGAGAGUGUAACUGAAUCUUUGGAUGAAGCUACUGAAUUUCCGGCUAGACUCACAACAAAUAAUCCUCUUUUGAAAUUCAGAAGACCCCCAAUCGUUCGACAACCUGGCACAGCAAUAGCGCCAAGAACAACUACUCCAUCUUCUAGACGUGCUAUUACUACUCGAGGAAGAACUACUACAACACGAAGAACAACGACGCGAUCAACAACGAAUCCCCUGCUUUCUCUACGUAGACAGCGGCCUAAUGGUCUUUUCCCGCGAAGAAACUUGUUUAGACAACCGGAACCAGAACCAGAGGAAGAGAUAGAAGAAAAUGAACAAAAAGUAGAGGAUGAUGAAGAAUUAUUAGAUGAAGAGGAGUUUGAAGAAGAUAAUGAUUAUGACGCCUCUAAUAGAAAGGAACAACAAGUAGCUUCACCUUUCCCCGUGUCCCCUCGCAGAAAUAUUGUUCAAAUCAGGCCGUUUGCUUUUAAACGUAGAGUUAAACGUCAAGUUGAUUAUGGUAACAGAAAGUAUUCUAACUUCAGAAGACCUGGAACUAAAUCCGUAAGCACUAGACGCCCAGAACCAGAACCAGAAACGGAACCACCCGCGCCUUCCGUUCAGAAACAAAAAUCGGGACGUUAUAAUUCACGUUUAUCUGGUAACACUAAAACUACUACAGCUGCUUCAGCAAAGCAUUCCUCAAGACAACCAUUUAUAAUAAGAGGGGAAAGUAGAUCUACUACAACAAAUUCUCCGGCUUAUAGAAGGGGCAAAACCAGAACUUCGGGAAGGACGACUACAUUAUCAUCCAGAAUUAAAUCACCCAGACCCUCUGGCAAAUCUACUCAGUCUUCAAGAUCAAGUUCCUCCCGUGCAAGUACUGGAAGAUCCAGAUCACGGACAACAACAAGCAAAGCUUCAAGCAGACAAAGAAAUUCUUUCGAAAAUUUAAGUGGUGAAAGACGUAAUAAAUAUGAUAACAUAUUGAACGACGGCAAAAUUACGAUAACACAUCAAAUACCUUUUGAAGUUACCAUACCUGUUGUCAACGGAAAGAUCACGGAGUACAAAAACGUUUUGUCAGCCAAACCUAGCAUUGAGACGCUUUUGCUCAAUCAAGUUUCAACUUCUAUUGGUCCCAUAGGUAAUCACCAAUUGGUGCUCGCAAUGGAAUCAACAGAAAUAGCUGAUAACGGUGCUACUAAAAUAACGAAGUUUAUUUUACACGAAACACCUACAAGUACUAUCAUUUUUACACCAACAACUAUCAGGGGGCGUAAGACUUCUUACUCUCAUUUAGUACCUAGCACAGUUUAUAAUGUAGAACCUGUAGUACAAACAAUAGCGCCAGAAAUUAAUGCUAACGUACCUUUAGCAAACUUGCUGCUGUCUCAAUUGUUGCUAGGCAAUCAACAGCCUGCGAUCAAUCCUCUUCUGGCGCUCCAAGGACAAGGAUUGUUGCCACAGCAACCAAUAGUACAAACACCUGUAACCGAGUACAAAACUAGAAGUACAACAUAUGUAACAACAGUAACAGAUAAUAGAGAAACAGUGUUAUCUAUAACUUUCAGAGGUGUACCAGUAUUGACAACAAUAAAUAAUCCAACAACAGAUAUAAUUACUGCCACAGAAUUUAUUACUGAUACUGUAGUUACUACACCAACAGUCUUAGCUCCACCACCCCAGUAUAAUUCUUUACUUCUUCCUUUGCUUCUUCAACAACAACAACAGCAACAAGCCCUCUCAUUACAAACGGCAAAUCCAUUACUUGGGUUAGCACAACCCGACUUAUUGCAAAAUAAUUUAUUGUCCAAUGGCAAUUUAAAUAGUGACAUUUACAGCAACAGUCCCAAACCUAAUAUAUUGCCAGAUUUCAAUAGUAAUGAAGAUUUUUCUGAAGAUAUACAGAAUAGUGGCGAGGAAAGAGAAAUAGAUGAAUAUGUACCUCCACCAACAUCUCCUCCACCGCAGAGAAAGAGAAGUAAACCACGCUCACCAAAACCAAAACCAGUAGCUCCUCCAAAACAAACGAGUGUAGUCACUUUAUACGUAUCUGGCAGACACCCUGGUGAAUUCAGUACUGUAUUAUCAACUGUAGUUACAGACGAAACACAAACAGUAAGAAAACGCGAAGCUAUAUACUAUGAUGAUGUUAAAAUUCUACCAUCAUUACUACCAACGAUUGAUCAACUUGUAGGUUCACAAGACGAUAAUUUAUUAGAGAACUCAAUUAUGGCUGAUAAAAACCUUUCUGAUCCCCAAUCUCAUUCCCAAUCACAAACAGCAACGCAAAGCUUAGAGAGCAUAAUAGGAAAAAUAAAUAAUCAUGUUAACGCAUCGCCAACUUACGUCGUAAAAUUAGAUGUACCGUCCACAAUUAGAGACAUAAAACAUAGGUCAUUGGAUGAAAUAUCCUAG